CUCUUCUCUGACCUCUCCAGGUUCCUGUUUGAGCACCUCUCGGUGGAUAACUGUCUGGGGAUGUAUUCUCUGGCUCGCUCUCACCACGACCAGCUGCUGCUACGCGCCACGCUGCGUCUCGUGGCUCAGCACUUCCCCCGAGUCGCCCGUCAGAAGGACUUCCUGCUUCUGGACCACGGCACGCUGGGCAGCCUGCUGAGCUCCGACCGGCUUGGUGUGGACUCGGAGGCGGAGGUUUACGACGCGGCGCGGCGCUGGGCGGAGCACCAGCCUUUAGAUCGCUACGCCCACAUGCCGGCGCUGCUGCACCACCUCCGUCCGGGGCUGCUGUCCCAGGAGGAGAGCCGGAGACUCUGCCAGGAGCUCGGCCCCGCUGCCGCCGGCGAGGCCCUCGGGGGGCCGCUGAGGCCGCGGGAGGGCAUGUUCGAGAAGAAGAUCGUCUGCGUGGACCUGACGCCUCGGGAGGACGAGAGCGCCGCCUCCAGAGAACUCACCGUGGACUGCUUCGACCCGCGGACAGGGAAGUGGGAGAAGCUGGCGGCCCUCGGGUCCCUGGUGAGCCCCGGCUGCACCGCUGUGGGGGACCGGCUGUUCGUGGCGGGGGGGAUCCUGAGGACGGGCUCCGUGUCGGCAGCCGUGCACGAGUAUGACGCCGUGCUGGACCGCUGGAUGGAGCGGCCCCCCAUGGUGCAGCCGCGGUCCAUGCUGGGCCUGCUGGGCUGCGGGGACUCCAUCUUUGCGUUGGGGGGCAGCAACCGCUCCGCCCUGCUGGACUCCAGUGAGACCCUGGACCUCUCGACGCUGCGCUGGGCCCCGGGGCCUCGCCUGCCGCUGCCUCUCAGAGCCUUCGCCUGCGCUGCUCUACGUGGACGUCUCUACCUGCUGGGUGGAACCACGCUGGAACAGAACCGGGCCGUGGUGCAUUCAGGGGUCCUCGUCUAUCACACCCUCACAGACUGCUGGACUCGCGUGGCUCUGGACUCGGGGGCCACCUGCCUCGCCGGGGGGGUCGCGGUCCGAGGGGGCGUCUGCGCCAUCGGGGGAUACAUGAGGGACACCACCAAGUUUCUGGACGGAAACUACACUAACCUGGAGACUUUAGACGCCACGGGGCGGGUUCUGUUCUUCAGGGAAGGGCGGGGGUCCGGGGCAGAUAGGGAG